CGGCGGCAGGUGUGAGCCGUCCGGAUGGCGGAGUCCGGACCGCAGCCGCCGGGCGGCGCGCCCAGCCGGCACGAGAAGAGCCUGGGGCUGCUCACCACCAAGUUCGUCUCGCUGCUGCAGGAGGCCAAGGACGGCGUGCUCGACCUGAAGCUGCCCGUUCUUGACAGAGGUGUGGGGCCUGGCUGUAAUACUCGAGAAAUUGCCCACAAGUUGAUUGAGUUGAAAGCAGAGAUUGAGGACCUGGAGCAUCGGGAACGAGAACUGGAACAGCAAAAGAUGUGGGUGCAGCAGAGUAUCAGAAAUGUCACCGAUGAUGUACAGAACAAAGAAUUAGCGUAUGUGACAGAUGAGGAUCUUUGCAAGUGCUUCCCAGGCGACACACUACUGGCCAUCCGAGCUCCAUCAGGAACCCAGCUGGAAGUUCCCGUCCCUGAGGGCUUAAACGGCCAGAGGAAAUACCAGAUCCACUUGAAGAGUAGCAACGAUUCCAUUGAUGUUCUUCUAGUCAACAAAGAUGCCUGGAGCUCUCCUCCAGUGGUGCUUCCUGUCCCUCCCCCCGAAGACCUCAUUCAGUGCCAGCCAAUCACACCCUCUAAGAAGCCAUCCCUUGCCCCGUCCCAGGAGGCCUCUCUUCCCAGUGGUGCCCACCCUCCUGCGUCUGUACCCAGCAGCACGCAAGACCACAGGUGCUCUGUGCCCAAAUCGACAGAGACGGGCACCUCGACAGCAGAAUCAAAAAGCAGUGAGGAGUUGGACUCGCUUACCCCUUCGACUGUACCGGCCAGCCCACCGGCUGGGCUUGACACGCAGCCCCUCCAAUCCUCUGCCUUGCUGGACAGCAGCUCUGUCCUACCCAGCUCCUUUACCUCUUUUGAACCAAUCAAGUCCUUCCCCACAGAAAUCCUGGAAUUGCCCAAAGAGCUUUCAGAAAUGUUUGAGCCAACCAGAGAGUGCGUGAAUUCCGAGUUGCUUGAAGAGCUGAUGUCAUCGGAAGUGUUUGCUCCUUUACUCCGCCUCUCCCCGCCUCCCGGAGACCACGACUACAUCUACAACUUGGAUGAGAGCGAAGGCGUGUGCGACCUUUUCGACGUCCCGAUUCUCAACCUCUGACUUGGACUGCCUUGGAUGCAUGGAUGGACGGACUUUGGGAUAUGGAGUCUUCUUUUUUUUUUUUUCCCUUCUUUUUUUUUUAAGAAAGAAAACCUGUCUCGAGGGAAUGUGGGGGAAACCCCCCCAAACUCUUCAUUUUGGAUUUUAUUUUUUAUUUUUUUUUUGUCUGCUAGUGCUUGAGUGAAACACAGAGCUGCUCUGGUCUAGACCGAAAACUCAAGGAGGAUGAGACUCUCGAUUCGAGCUUUCUUUCUUUCUUUCUUCUUCUUCUUCCCUGGCUUAUCUUAGUCCGCUCCUUGUCCUUUCAUGGAUCCUGGGUGAGCCUCCUUCCCAGGCACCUGCUGUUGAACCUUGCCGAGCAGCAAAAGCGCUUCCUUGAGUCCCAUCCCUACCUCCACCUAGCCUGUUUUGGCAUCCUUGCACUGCUGGGGGCACUUUGCAUCUCCCCCUCUCUUCCUUCUUCCUUUCUGGUUACCAGCAGAACAGCUGAACCGUAGCCUGGUGGGUUAUGGGAAAAUCCACCCCUGGCCUCCCUUUUGGCUCGUCCGUAAGAAUUCAAACGAGACGGGGCAUUUCUCUCUUUAGCAAUCGUCUGCUUUUGGCAUGAUGGAAUGAAUGCAGGCGUCUCAGCCGCUCCCCGGAUCGUUUUUUUUUUUUUUUUUUUUUUAAAUGUGCUUAAAAGUGGCGUUUCAAGUAACCCUCCUGGUCCAUCUGAUUAACAUCAAAGCACGAAGCCCCUUUCCCUUGUAGGCUGCGUAGACUUCAAUCGUGUGUGUGCGUGUGUGUUUUUAAGGUGCCAGUUUUGCACAGUCACUUUUCCUCCAAAGAGUCAGAACUGAGAAACGAUUUGUUAAAAAAAAAAAAGGGGGGGGGUGCGAAACAAGUUAAGGCUUCAAACAGGUGGGACCUGCCUGUCGUCAACACAAAGCCUAUUUUUGCACACCCGUCCCUCUCUACCCCCUAUGUCUCCGUCGGGAGCCUCCGCUGGAGGAGAUUUAGUCACACCUAGUGAAGUGAGUCUCAAUAGCGGGUCCUCCUUCCAUAGCUGCUAGAAUAGGGCUUUUUGGGAUGCGCCGGGGGCUGCUGUUUCCCUUCGUGGAUUUCCUAGCUGUAGUACAUUGCCGGUCCUGUUGACGCAGUCCGACUUCUCUUUGGAACUUAACCAUGGCGUGCCCUUUUCCGCAUUCUCUCCAAUACGCACCAUCGGCCUCUCCAUUGGGGGUGGGUGGGGGUGGGUGUCCUCUCCUGAUCCUCGGGACGUGGAUGGAAGGAGCCCUCGCUUUCCCCAUCCUCCCCCUCUGCACUUCCGAACCUCCUCCCCUCUUGAAAGCCAUAUCCUUUUCACCGCCCGUUGGCCUCCGGGUUACGCUGCUUGUGCAAACCCUGAACGUCAUUUCCCGGAUUCCUAGGCUGUCGCAGGUGCCGAAGGCCCCCUUCCUGCAGUGGGGCUGGUAAGGUGGGAAGGGUUUCGAUCCGAAGCGGGGAAAAGCCCUCUCCCACAUCCCAGCCCAUGAACGGCCUGGCUGAAAAAAUCUCUUUUUGAUGGGACUGAAUGAAGAAAUGUGCUGCUUAGAAUUGUGGAAGGGUUCACGUGAGCGGGCGGGCCUGAUCCUGAUCUCCCCUCCCCUUCCGUUCCCCUCCCCCCCUGUAAUCAGGGAACGUUUCUAUUGUCGUUAGGGAGACCUAGGCAAAGCUGGGUGGCCCUCUACCUCGACCUUGUCCUCUAUAAGAUGGGUGGACUUCAGCUUCCAGAAUUCCCGAGGCUAGCCAUAGCGGCUGGGGAAUUCUGGGAGUUGAAGUCCACCCGUUUGAAAGCUCCCAGGCUUGAAAACACCUGGGCGAUAGGAUCCACAAAAGCGACUUCUGAGUUUUUCUGGAUAGGAAAUAGAUCUAGAUCAGAGGUCUUCAAACUUGGCAGACUUUAAGACUUGUGGUCGCUGGCUGGAAAAUUCUGGGAGUUGACGUCCACAAGUCUUAAAAGCUGCCAAGUUUGAAGACCUCGGAUCUCGAGAUUUUCACCUCCCCAGCCUAGGAGCAGGCAGGUGACUGUCUCAAAAAAAACCCUCUGGAGCCCCGUUUGCCUCUCUUGAAAGGACACAGUCCCACCUCCAGAGUUUCUGAGCUCUUCUUCCAGCUCUUGUGUGGCUGUCUCCGGCGAGCCACUGGACUCUCUUGCCUGCCUCCAUUGCAUCCCCCCCCUGCCUGUCGUACGUGGUUUGGGCCUGCUCUUCAGCAACCAAACCUUCGUUUCUCUUUGCCGUCACCUUCUUGGCGCCCCAACCCCCCCUUAGGUGACAUUCCCCCAAAGGAUGCAUACACAGAGGAAAUGUUUGGGGGAGGGGAAGGGAGAGAAAUGAGUUUUGAUUCAUAGAAAAAAAAGAUUAUUUUUAUACUUUUUUGCAGCAGAAGACACUUGCCUGUAAUAUUUGUACAGUUUUUUUUUUUCCUGAGUGAAUAAACAAACUUUCCAAA